AUGCCGGUUCAUUAUGACGCAGGCAGCCCGGCAACUAGCGGCGCGAGCUUCACCUCCGAUCAACCCACGGCCUCCACCGCUCCGCCGCAGCCCGAGUCCCGCAAGGCUCCCCCCCCCGAGAAGCCUUCCGAUGCGCGCCGACGCUCUUUCGUCAUCUCCGCCUUCUGGGCCAUUGUCCUUCUCCUCGGCCUGCCCAUUUGGUGGAUGACGACGAGCAUCUACCGCGCUAACCUACCCCUGAGCGGCAUGGUUCAAUGGGCUGAUGGCAAGGCCUGCCGCCCCGUGUUCCCCCUCCGUAUAUUGGUGUGGGCAAACAAGCUCCAGGAGCAGGAAGCGCAGAACCUCCUUCGUCUAACUCAACAUGCGCUCGACGACCUUAACGACUUUUCGGGUCAUCAUCUCCGUCUGCAGCUCGCGCCUCGAGAUGGCCAAGCAAUCACUCCCGAGGAUGACUCCCAGGUCGCCCUGACCAUUCGUCUCAGCCCCGGAGAUUCUACCACGGUAUCGCUCAAUCCGCACUCCCCAAUCCUCGACAUCACCUAUCCUCCGAAUUCGAUUCCGUCAGCGACCUCGUCCUCAUCCGCGCUAGCUACGUACAUUGCAAACGAGUUGCGUUCGACCUAUGCCGAAGAACAAGCAAUUAUAUCAUAUCUUCUGUCGGCAGCCUCGGGAGCUUCCGAUGCGAGACCUCAGGGAAUGUCACCAGAGGCAGCCGAGUCACUGGCCAAGCGGACCACCCGUUCUUUGCGAUAUUCACCAACAUACCAUUUGAGCUUCUCGCUCUUCACUAGCGGUUCAACUCCCAAUACGUGGGACAUUGAAGCAGCUAUUCAAACAUACAUGAAGCCUAUGCUCGACGUGCUCAGCCCCAUUCAUAACUUCACGAUAGACACCCAGGUUCAACUGUACGCAACACCAGGCGCGCAGUCCCAAGUUUUGAACAAGGACGACCUUGCCUCCUUCAUCAACGCGGCCGAAUGGCCCCUUUCGCCAUCCAUUGGCGGUGCGCCGACGGUCAACUUCCUCCUCUUUGUCGGAAACCAAACAAUCGGAUUGGAUUCGGGGUCCGAAACAUCACAGUCCUGGUUGAUCCCGCAGUGGGGGACUGUUUAUCUCCUGUCGUUGCCAUCCACGACGUCACAUGUGCCGGCUGCUACGCUCAAGCAGCCCAUGCUCACCUUUGCUGGGCACUUGCUGUCUCUUCUUGGCACUCCCCAGUCAGGUUCUCUUCCUCUACGGCUCUCGACUCUUACACGCAUUCGAUCAGCAGAUCUGUUGCUGCGGGCAUCUUCCACACUAGGAUCUUUGGCGAGACUUUCACUUGCGUUGCCGUCCAUCUCCAUUCCCCGAAAUGUCGCGGACGGUGUUGCCAAAACGAUGCAUCAUCUGGAGCUCGCAUGCGCCAGCCUGGGCGGACCCGAAGGACUGGAGCAUGCCAGGAUCGCUGAGGCCGAGGCAGAGCGAGCGUUUUUCGAGAAGAGCAUGGUCGGACAGCUAUACUUUCCCGAUGAGCAUAAGAUUGCGGUCUAUCUUCCGCUUCUGGGGCCGGUGGGAGUCCCCCUUGUAAUGGGUCUGUUAAACGAGAUCAAGGCAUGGAGAAAGCGGAGACGCGAGAGAGCCGAGGCAGAAGCAAGAAAGAAGCUUUAG